AUUGAUCUUAUUUUGAUCUUUCUGCCGCUCACCUGUUAUAUGUGUUGCUAGGCCACUACUGUUUACAAUGCUUAUGGCCCACAGAGUGCAGCACUUUACUGUCAUAAUAUGCUGUUAUUAAGAGAGCACUUUGGUACAAAAUGAAAGAAUUGUGCACAACUAAACCAGCAGAUGAACAGACCUUACUUGUGCACUUGAAACAGUGGAUGGAGAUUCAGUAGGCUUGUUAGGCAGCCAAAGGACAGAAACACUCCAUUUCCCUCCCCUGCAGUGUAGUGCAAUGUGGGCGUGAUUGACAAGAAAAAAAGCGGUGACGCCUCCUCUUGCCAUCCGCUCUCCUUAUUGGUUGGAAAGUGGAAGUCACAUUUGGGGCUCUCCCCAUUAUAAAUUAUAACCAUAAACUGCCAUAUUAUUUUAGAAAUCGUCUAUUAUCUAUAAAGCAAAAUGUUUCCUGACAAAAUUUUCCUCAUAUGAUCCACACAAAACUCAUGAAACCUUAAAAAUCCAAACAACCCACUCCCGCCUGCAGAUGCGGACACAUCUGGCAAAGCUCCCCUAAGCUCAUGUGGUAAAUGUUGGGAGGGGAAUUUGAAAAGUCCUGUUUCCAAGUUGCAUUAGCUCACUCGUUUCCCUGCAGCCUAUUUCUGUCGUCCAUUGAAAGGAAAUCGCUGGGCCAUCCCCCCGACGCGCGCCUGUGCUGUGGAGCUCCCCCUUGCUGCGUGCAUCGUGAUCUGGUGGAUGCAGAGUCUUGCAGAGAACGCAGGGUCACCUUCUGUCACUGCAAAGGGAAAUACUGAAUAAAUUGCAGCAUAGGCUGUUGGGUAGUAGUUCACCUCAGCGGCAGCAGCAUCUCUGGUGAUCUCCUGCAGGGGACCAACAGCUCUCUCUAAGGUUUAUGGAAACCUGACCUCCCACUGGUGGAGAAGUGCAUGAGGAACCCAGCUCUGCUGCAGAGGACAGGUUUAGUCAUUAGAGUGCUUUGCCACAUCCAGAAAAAUGUCUGGCUCCUACGAUGAAAGUGCGGGUGCUGACGACACCAUGGACAGCUUCUGGGAGGUAGGGAACUACAAACGUGCUGUCAAGAGAUUUGAUGAUGGCCAUCGGCUCUGCAAUGACCUCAUGGGCUGCCUGCAGGAACGUGCCAAGAUAGAAAAAUCCUACGGUGAUCAGCUAACUGCAUGGUCCAAGAGAUGGAGGCAGCUCAUUGAGAAAGGUCAGCAUUUGGGAUGGGGCCCACAGUACGGCUCAGUGGAGAGAGCCUGGUUGGGUGUGAUGAGCGAGGCAGAGAAGGUGAGUGAGCUGCACCAAGAGGUGAAGAACAACCUGGUGAACGAUGAUGUAGAGAAAGUGAAGAACUGGCAGAAGGAAGCCUAUCACAAGCAAAUUAUUGGAGGCUUCAAAGAGGCCAAGGAGGCGGACGAAGGCUUCAAGAAGGCUCAGAAGCCGUGGGCCAAAAAGCUCAAAGAGAUGGAGACAGCUAAGAAAGCGUACCACAUGGCCUGCAAGGAGGAGAAGCUGGCUGCAGCCCGAGAGGCCAACGGCAAGACUGAGGCUUCUGUCACACCAGACCAGCAGAAGAAACUCCACGAGAAAGUGGACAAAUGCAAACAGGAUGUGCAGAAGGCUAAAGAAAAGUAUGAGAAGUCUCUGGAGGAGCUGAACAAGUGCACCCCGCAGUACAUGGAGAGCAUGGAGCAGGUGUUUGACCAGUGCCAGCAGCAUGAAGUCAAGAGGCUGACCUUCCUUAAGGAGGCCUUGCUGGACAUCAAACGCCAUCUUAACCUCACCGAGAACCCAAGCUAUGCCACAAUAUACAGAGAACUGGAGCGCACAAUCCUGGGUGCAAACACACAAGAGGACCUGAAGUGGUUCAGCAACAACCACGGCCCUGGGAUGCAUAUGAACUGGCCUGCAUUUGAGGAAUACAACCCAGACCAGGCCAGUGCUCCUCCAAAGAAGAAGAAACCAGACGGAGCCCCACCCACUCCAAGCACUGACCAUGUGGCUCCACCUGGUGAUCGUAGCAGUGUGAGCAGCUAUGAAAAAAACCAAGCUUACUCGACUGAGUGGUCCGAUGAUGAGCAGCCCACUACGUACUCUGGCAACGAAAAUGGUGGGAAUGGGAAUUCAUUCGAAGAUGAUUCCAGCACUGGAAAAGGGGUCCGUGUCCGCGCUCUCUAUGAUUAUGAAGGCCAGGAACAGGAUGAGCUCACAUUCAAAGCAGGUGAUGAACUGACCAAGACUGAGGAUGAAGAUGAGCAAGGCUGGUGUAGAGGUCGUUUGGACAGCGGCCGAGAGGGACUGUACCCGGCCAAUUAUGUAGAGCCAAUCUAGUCACGUUACUGGACAAGGACCCGCCAUUGGAGGCAGCUUGAACUGUCCCAUCCAAUUGCACCGCACAUAGCCAGAGACUUAAGAGCAACACAUCCCUUGCCCAACAGAUGCGCCAAGCAGUCUUGCCUAAAUAAAAACUUAGUAACCUAAAAGACAAUAUAUCAGUAUAAUAUAUUUUAUCCAGCAUUUGGGGUGGGUGGACUUACACAUUUUAAAACAGGAGCAGCAGUUAUUCCAGUAUAUACACAAUCAACUAUAACAUCAAAACAGUGCAGGAACACAUUGCUUCUCUGUGUAGCUGUAUUUAAUAUAUAAUGCAGCUUAUUUAAACUUGCAGUAUACUGCAGUGUGUUCUCUUGUGAAAAUGGGAAGAUAAUAUCUUCAGUUAAACCCAUUCGACAAAGAAGAGCUUCUCUAACCUGCAUUGUGUAUAUACAGUGUGAUGCCAUUUUUGUGUAGCAUUUUUAAUGCUGUGUGUGGUCAGUUGUCAUUCUUACACCGAAUGCUGUGUAGUGUUAAAGUUACCACAACAGACAGUAUCCUCUAUUUUUUUUUCUUUGUUUUUUUUGUUUUUCUUUGUGAUUUGGUCUAACCUCUUUUCCAGUGUGUGCAGUGCUAUGUGUUUUUAACUGUUUCUGAACUUGCAUAGCAGCAUGCGCUAUGCAACAACUUGCAUUCCCUGAAUCCUGCAGCCUGGUUUAGGCUACAACGUGAUGCAACACUUCUACCACUACAAAUGCAGAGUUCACGUUUGAGCAUCACAUUCUUCUGGACAUGCACACGCUUCUGUUUUCAUGAAAGGAAGCUUGUUGAUGAACUUAUUUUAUGUUUGUUUGUUUUGUUUUUACAUAGUUUUUUUUUUCUUAGCAUCACAAAUCCUUUGACAGUGUCAUCUCCAUGCAAUGCAGGAUAUACAGUUUCUGCAGACGCUUUCAUUCUUGGUUCAGUAAUUCAGGUCUCAUUUUAAUCCACUACUGCUAACAAGAAACAUGAGUGAUACAUUCCCUCAGAGCAAAGUCGGAACAAGUCAUCUUCUUGAGGUUGCCAAUGCAGUAAAACAGGGGGUUUGAACAAUGCCUAUGCCGGGCACUUUUCUUCCAGAGCGAGGGGCCAAUGGAGGCAUGUCAAUGCAUUACUGUGCUACAGAUGGUUGUUUGAAGAUUGAAGCCUCUCCAACAGGACAUGAAUGUACUAGUGUUUGGGCUUGAAAGAGGGCAUGUUGUCUAAACAUGGUUCUCCAUUGUCAUUUAAAGCCCUACCUAGCAAAAAGCACUAGUUAUGUGGCCCAUUUCCCUGCUGAGCCAAAGAAUGACCCAAUACCAUCAACUAUCUCUUUUCUCUCCAUGCAAUAACUUCACAUAUCACAUAUAAAACAGCUUCAGUGAAGAUCAACUUGUAGCUGCCUCCCAGUCUAGUCCACCCAAACUUCAUUUGUCUGCAAAACACUGCGCAAUGACACAGGGAAUACAUUUGUCACCAGUACUGCACUGCUUGUAAGAUGACUCUUAGACAGUGUAUUACAUGGUUAUUUUAAAAUUUUUAACUUGCUCCAUAGAAAUUAAAUUUAUAGCAGGAAUUGCAUUUAUCAGAUGUUGAUUAGUGAGUUAUCUCGCUACGAGUUGCACCUAAAUCUCUGAUUAGAUGGGAGAGAUGCUUUUUUAUAACUUAGUCGUCCUGAAGUUUUAAAAUUUCACUGGACCAACAGCAGUCAGAUGUGUUUAGCUCUGUGUCUGGAACAGGAUUUGACAGGUUUGGGUCUCACACAUGAGGAGAAACACAUCACCAGCUCACAAGUUGUGUCUUAGAGUAAAGCUGUCCAGCAUAGCAAAAAGGACUCCUAUCAUCUGUCCCACAUUCUUGAUGCGCGUAUGCACACACACUCACACACACACACACACACAUACAAACACACAUCCAUUUAAUACACGAUAUACACAAUACAUGCAAGUUCAAACACAUAAUCCACAUUACCAGGUUAAUAUUUUGGGGGAAAACAUCUUCAUCAUCCAGUGUGUAUGAGUUGUGUAAAUGUAACAGAAAAAAAUGUUUAAAAAAAAAUGCAAGUGAUUGACUAUUAAGACAAAAUGUAGUGUUAUACAUGUAAAUGUGUUUCAUUAAAAUAACAGCAAUGGAAAACAUAUUAAAUAGGUACCAUAUCGUAUGAAUUUCAUUGCAAUGGAAUUGUCAGUGUAUCAUACAAGCGUGAUGUUAUCCCACGCUGUCAGAUUUGUAUAUGAUGAUGUAAUUUAAAGAUUAUAUUCUAUUGUAACUGUACAACUGUGUUGAGUUGAAAAUGAGACCUAACCAUGUUGAGGCAGUAAAAAGGUGUACAUGUAAAUGCUUUUUUUAUGUUGAUGAUCUCUUCCUUAUGCACACAGGGGACAGCAGCUCAUGUUGUUUAAACCCUAUAUUAGCGGUCUAGAAGAUGUAUGUUCAUAGUUAGUGAUGUACUUUUAUCUCCUAACUGGUGUAGUGCCUGUUCAUCUUGAUGUAACAAGAAGUUCAUUUAAAUAUGCAUAAAGAUGAUUAUGAUCACAGAUAAUAAUGAUGAUAGUGAUGAAAAACCAGACUCAAAUUUGUUGUGAUGGUGUCAAUAUUGCGAUAUUGGUUUGAAAGGGAAACAAGUUUGUUGAAAAAAAUAA